AUGAGGCUUCUCUAUCCUCUGCUACUUGCCGUCCUGGCAAGUUCUGUUGUGUCUGGAAGACGAGACUGGGCUCAUCAUGGUGCCCCCAUGUUUGCGGACCUCACAGUUCGUGAGAUGAAAGCAGUCCGGGCCUACUUUCAUGGUCUUCCACAACUAGGACUGACUGAUGCUCGCAGCAAGACCCUGAAGAAGAAUAGCAUCCUACUGAUAGAACUCCACCUGCCGAGGAAGCAUGAAGCCCUGAGGGCCCUCGACCGUGGACAGGCCAAACCUCAACGCCAAGCCCGUGUGGUGGUCCAGUUUGGGAACCAGACCAAGCCCAACAUCACUGAGUACAUCGUCAGUCCUCUGCCAUCCCCCACAUCUCACGAAAUCAAGACCUUCAAGGGGAAUAGGCCGAUCCAAUUUGACUCGCGGCCUAUCACCGCUACAGAGUAUGUUCACAUUGUUGCAAUCCUUGAGAAGAUCUCAACCAAGGCUCAGAAGAUCCUGUUUGAGACUACAGGAGGAUUUUCCUUCACAAACUGCACCAACCGCUGCCUGACAUUCUCAGACAUAGCCCCCCGUGGAGUAGGUCCAGGUGAAAGAAGAAGCUGGAUAAUGCUGCAGAAAUUUGUGGAGGGCUAUUUCAUUCACCCAGUGGGAUUUGAGGUACUGAUCAACCACCAAGAUCUCGAUCCAGAAAAGUGGACUGUUGAGAAAGUCUGGUAUAACGGCCAGUACUUUGACAGUGUGGAGGAACUGGUGGCAAAAUACGAGGCUGGAGAUGUGGAGAAGGCCAAGUUACCUGAGCACGACGAUGAUGACCUCUACUCUACCUACAUUCCCCGGGGUCACAGCAACACUCCCUCAGACAUCCACGGGCCGAAGCUUGUGGAGCCUCAGGGACCUCGCUAUCACAUUGAUCACAACUUUAUUGAAUACGCCGGAUGGUCGUUUGCCUACCGGGUGCGUUCAUCUGCUGGGCUUCAAAUCUUUGACCUUCGUUUCAAUGGAGAACGGAUUGCAUAUGAAAUCAGCCUCCAAGAAGCUAUUGCCAUCUAUUCAGGUGAUACACCUGCCGCCAUGCAGACCAAAUACAUCGAUGCUGGCUGGGCAAUGGGCACCUCAACCUUUGAACUAGCACCUGGGAUUGAUUGCCCAGAGAUCGCCACCUUUGUAGACCUCUACCACUACUACGACACAGACAAACCUGUGCGCUACAAAAAUGCACUUUGCAUUUUUGAGAUGACAACAGGGAUGGCUCUUAGAAGGCAUUUUAACUCAGACUUUGAGGGAGGAUACAACUUUUACGGGGGGCUGGAGAACACUGUGCUCGUGGUGAGGACAACCUCGACAGUUUACAACUAUGACUACAUCUGGGAUUUUCACUUCUACCAGAAUGGGGUGAUGGAAUCAAAGGUCAGCGCCACUGGAUACAUCCACGCUACUUUCUUUACACCUAAUGGCCUACACUAUGGAACUAAGGUGUAUAACUAUGUGCUUGGCAACCUCCACACACACCUCAUCCACUAUAAAGUGGACCUGGAUAUUGCUGGUCGAGAGAACAGCUUUGAGUCGAUGGAUCUGAAAUUUGUAAACUUCACCAACCCCUGGAGCCCAAAGAAUACAAUCGUCCAAUCAAAGCUCCACAGGACACAACACAAGACAGAGCGCUCUGCUGCCUUCCGCUUUGGCAAAAAGUUCCCCCGCUAUGUGCACUUUUACAACGCAAAUGAGAAAAAUAAGUGGGGCCAUGAGAAGGGCUACCGUAUCCAGUUCAACUCCCAUGCUUACAGCGUGCUGCCAAGAGGCUGGAGAGAGGAAAAUGGCAUCAGCUGGUCCAGGUACCCCCUGGCUGUGACACGGCAUAAAGACAGUGAGCAGACCAGCAGUAGCAUUUACACUCAGAAUGACCCCUGGGAACCCGUGGUGUCCUUCGAGGAUUACAUUCGCAACAAUGAAGAUAUCGUCAACCAGGACCUGGUAGCCUGGGUGACAGUAGGGUUCCUGCAUGUGCCUCACUCGGAAGAUAUCCCAAACACCGCAACACCUGGCAACUCAGUGGGCUUCUUCCUGCGACCGUUCAAUUUCUUUAAUGAGGACCCUUCACUGGCAUCCAAAAGCACCGUUAUCGUCCGACCAGGCAAGGAUGGCAAGCCCAAGGUUCAGAGAUGGACGCCGGAGGUCGUGGGUCACUGUGUGACAGACAAGCCCUUUUUCUUCAAUGGCACUUAUGCAGGGGUCUAG